CGUGCCUCUCGGGUCACAUGAUCGGUCGCCAUCUUGUUUUAGAGAUUCGGCGUCUAGUCUUGUGGAUUUGUUACUGUAUUGCUUAGAUUAAAACCACUUUGUUGAUUAGGAUACCUUGAAAACAACAAUUUACUAUGGAAGCAAUAGUAGAGUUUGACUAUGAUGCGGAACAAGAAGAUGAACUGACACUUAGAGUUGGAAACGUAAUCAAGAAUGUCGUCACUGCCGAAGGAGGUUGGUGGGAAGGGGAGCUAAAUGGCAAGAAAGGCAUGUUUCCGGACAAUUUUGUCAAACUGAGAAGUAAGGAGACCGUUGUCAAAAAGGAAGAGAAGCGAGAGGCAACCCAGAGAAAAUCUGUGAGAGAACUUGCCAUCCAGUUCAAAGAUGGCGUCCCCAUGGGUGCUACUUCGGCUCAAAAGAAGAAAGCCCCUGAGGUGAAAAGCAAGAAAUGCAAAGUACUUUUUGACUACAAACCUGAAAAUGAAGACGAACUUGAACUCCAAGUUGGAAACAUAAUUGAAUUCCACCGAGAAGUUGAAGAAGGUUGGUGGGAAGGCACUCUGGCUAGCAAAACUGGUGUGUUUCCCUCCAAUUUUGUGGAGAUGAUUGAAGAAGGAGAAGGAGAUCUGCCAACUGAGGGAGAAAGAACAUCUGUAACAGAAAAAACAUCUACAGGUGACAAAGAUGUAGACUUUCAGGAAAUUAAAGGCAAGAAAAUCAUGGGGAUUGGACUUGGAAAUAUAUUCCAAGGUGGACCUAUAAAGCUUCGCAACACUGCAAAGAAACCUGACCCUGGCAAAGGCAAGCCAGAAGAGAAGGAGCCUGUUAAGCCUAAGCAAACUGAAACAAAUCCCGAUGCUGUCAAGAGAGAAAAACAAACAGUGGAACGGGCAGUUGUAAGGUUUGCCUACACAGCUGAGCAACCAGAUGAGCUGAGCCUGAAAGAAGGGGACAUAGUCCGUGUGUUGGAUAAGAACCUUGAAGACGAAGGCUGGUGGCGUGGAGAGGUCAAUGGCAAAACUGGGGUCUUCCCAGAUAACUUUGUGGAGUUGCUUCCCCAGCAAGAAGAGCCUGUGAAAGCACCCAAGAAACCUCCACCUCCUUCAGGGAAGGGGCUGUACCCAAAACUGCCUGACAAGACACAGGCUGCUGCUCCAGCUGAGGAAAAACUGCCAGUCACCAAAAAGGAGCUCUCAGCUCGAAGAAAAACUGUGCUGACAAAACAUGAGGUACUAAAAGAAGAACCUGCUGCAGAGAAGCCAACAUCUGCGCCUGCCUUGAAAAAACCCUUGGCCCCACCACCUGUGGGGAAAAAGCCAGGCCCACCCCAAAAACCUGCUGAGAUUUCUGCCAAACCUGACUCAGUCAAGGCCACUGAUCCCCCAAAACCAGAACUGAAGGCAGGCCCCACUGUCAAAGAUACCAGCAGACCUAGUGGGCCAGUAGAGAACCACCAUCAUGGAGAGGGUGAUAAAACGGACGGGAACGACACAAACUUUGACAUGGUGGAAAGCACGUCCCACAAACUGGUGCAUCUAACAGCCUUGCGGGCCAAAGGACCCAAGAAACGCCCGCCUUCCACGGUCUUAGUUCUUGGUCAGAAAGGGAAAAAAAAGGAAGUGACAUGGAAGGAUGCAGAGAAGGAUUCAGAGGUGGAUGAACCCAUUGCAAAGCCAAGCAACAAUGUACAGCCAGAGAAGACGUUGCCUCUAGUACAAAAGGAAGUGAAGCAUGUGGCCGAGACAGAUCGCUCCAAGUCAGCCUACAGGCUUGGACAUGUUUCAAACGAGUCUCAUGUCAGCAGCGGUGUCAGGGAGUCCAAACUUUAUUCGUCAGACACCCACACAGCCACUCCUCCACCCAGACCGCCAGAGCCUUCACGCUUUGAUACACCACCUGUAGUACCUGCAGCACCAGCGGCAUCAACAGCUUCUACUGUAGCUCUGACACGAUUGGUUGAAGAACUACAGAGGGAGUUACGUGAUUUGAAGAGCCACACAGUCAGUAAGAAUGAGUACAAUGAGCUACGAUCAGAAUAUCAGCUGUUGCGACAGGAAUUUGACCAACUGCGGACAACACACACCAAAAAACUGAGGGAGCUGAUGCUGGAGGUUGAUGAGGAGAAGAAACUGAGGCUGAACACGCAGGUGGAGAUGGAGCGUGUCAAGAAAUUGCUUGCCGAGUCUAAUGUUUGAUGCUGUCGUGUGUUUGAGUUUGUGUCUGUGUGAGAAUGCAUAAAUAUCAUGAAGUACAUCAGGUGAAGACCGAUGCAUGAGAGCGUAAGUCUUUUAUGCAAGGAACAAAAAGAAGACACUUAUGCUUCACAACAGUCUGCAGAAGUGUUUGGUUGUGGAGAAAGUAUUCUCAUCGCCAUGUGACUGCUUUAGCAGUGCAGCAGAUGGACACACGAACCAAGGAGUGAGAAACAAGCUCGUGCUGAUCCACUCACUCACAAAGCCACUGCUAUUUGUCAGCAGACAUACCAAACUGUGUUUCAUGAUUCUGUGAACAAGUUGCCUGCAAUCAGACGAUCCGGCACUAACAAACAGUUCUUUGAAUUCUUCUCUUGCACAUUUGGCCAUCAGUAUGUUUACAUUCUCACCCCCCCCCCUUUUUUUUUUUAAAGAUAAGGUUAAUAGUCUUUGUGCAAAGCAGUCACCUUUUUUUUCAGAUAACACAUUUGGUUGCCUAUGUUUUCAGAAGAACAAAAGUGUCUUUAGAAGAGUUACUCUCCUUCUCCCUUAAAGUAGUAGAACCAUGAGAAAACUAUCUGGGGCAGUAUCCAUUGGCAACUCAGGGUGGUUGUGUUUGUCAAAUCAUGCUUCAGCAUUGUACCUUUCUAUUGCCCUGCAGCAUAUCAGGAGCUUAACAUUCCUUUGAUGUCUUGGUAAGUCAAACUUUCAGUUUCAGCUGCCAAUGUUGUCUCGUGCUUUAUGUGCUUGUACCCUGCAGACCCAUUCCAUUCUGUACCCUUGUCAGAAAUGUGUUUCAGCAUUAUUUUUUAAUUUAAAAAAGACAUUGCCUGUGAGAUUUCUAAAUUUUAUAGCUUUCAUGUAACCAGAUAUUUUUUUAAUGCUCAUAAGUUGUUACUGAUAGCUAAUGCUGCAGGUACAUGCAGCUAAAUGCACAUUUUGAGUUUUACCGCAGCUUUGUGGGAAAACAUUCCAGGAUGUGUUCUGCCAUUUUCUUUUGGGGUUGGUUCAGGCAGAGAGAGAGAAAAAGUAAUGCAUAAAUACUGCAAAUUCUCAUGCUGCUUUUGCAGCUUUCGUCAACUUCAGACGAUAUAUGCUAAAGACACCAAGUCCCUUGAUGUGUGUGAAGUGUGCUUAUAGUUGCUGUCAGCGGUUGAAAGUUUUUCAAUUAGUAUCUGAAAGUAUUUGAAUUACAACAGUCCGCUGCUUAAAAUGAGAAAUAUUGCAAAACAUUAGACAGAUUCCUACAUCCUCUAAAGAGAAUAGUAAAUUCUCCAGCUUGUUGCUGAACUUAGAUCUUUUUCUUCCACUGUCUCAGUUUGAUUGCUGGGCUGGUUUUGCUAUCUGUCAAGUUUGAAAGACUGAAAUAUCUCAUUGCAGUUUUAUUUUUUCUUAACCUGUCUCCUCUAGUCAUCCUCAUUUUUCUCCUUGUCCGCCUCCCCCAAGAGAAACAAAUUAGUAAUAAAGGGGUAUAAAUUGAAGUUUAGGAAAUAUCUUAAAAAGUGAGCAAGGUUUGAAUUCAAUGGUAUGAUCACAAUGACCAACUUCAUUAACCCUAGCGGGCAAUUAUACUCAGAAAAUGUGCUCAGAUGCAAAAAUAAACAAAACAGUAAACAAGUGCUAGUUACAAGAUAAUGUAUUUGUAUAUGCACGUGUCUAGUUGUAGAGAGAAGAAAUAGUGUCCAAUACUGUGAAUGAAUUUUAAGAUAAACACCCAGAACACUUGGAACGACACACACACGCAUACAUGCUGCACAAGCAACCAUUAAUCUAUUUCACGGAAAGUUUGUCUCAGAAUUUUAAUUUUUGUCACCCACUUUUAGAACAAUGGAAGUAAAAUGUCUGCCACCUGUUCUCAAAAAUAGAAAAAAAUUGCAGUUCUUUUGCAGUCAUUUCUUGUUGGAAUAAAAAAGCUUACUCUUGGUUGUUUGGGUUGAGGGGGGCUGCUUUCUCUUUUAAUUUUCUUCAAAUUUGCUUACUUUGGGAUUUUUUAUGCUUCUCUCUCUCUUUCCAUCUCCUCACGCAAUGUGUGAUUGCAGAUUGUUCAUUGUGCAUGACUGACUGCUAGUCCUCAAACUAUGAAGGUCCUGUUUGCUGAUGGUGGGUUGAUCAAUCAAAGCUGUGCACAGGGACAGAGGAGGAUGCCUCAUUCUUACCAUCAUACUCUGUGCUGCAUAAAAGCAAACCAAGACUACCAACAUGUUUCAAACACAUUACUUCUCAAGCAGUACUUCGUAAAAUGACCCAAUUAUUUGUUACUGUGAUCUAGGUACAUGAUGUGUUUGCUGAGACAAGGACUGAAUUUGUGAAAAUGUAUUAUGCUUGGCAUUUGAUAGAUCUGAGUAUUCUGUAACUAUUUGUGAAUAAAAUUGAUUAUCCUUGUAAACUCUUUGCUUAUAUAGAAGUUUCCCCAGACCUAACUGUUUUUAAUCACCAAGGGAAGGCCACAUUUUAAAGUCUAAACAAAGGUAUUUUUGGUCAUUGAAGGAACAUGCAGAGUUCAGAUUAUCAGUGUGUAGAUGUCAAGUAGACAUGGAGAGCUAAAUGUGCAUUUUGUCAACUGAUGUACCAGUUAGUAUAUAUGACACCAGCUUUUAUACAGUUUUAUCUGAUAAGCUGUUUGGCUCAUAGCCAUGGCUUUAAUCAAUCUUGCCAAAAUGCAUUUCCUGGUGUGCAUAUCUUAGAAGAUGCAACUGCAUGGAGCAGGCAUCAAUGAUUUGUGCACACCAAGUGGCAAUGGUUAACAAACAUACAAAAAGGUCAUCAGACCUUCAAAAUCAAUGGUUAAUUAUUAUAUAUGGAAAAUAGCUAAAGCAACAAGCUGAACAUUAUAUCAUUAGCUUUAAUUUUCACCAAAUAGAGAAAAAAGUUCCCACAAUAAAAUGCAGCUCUUAAUAGUGAAUGGGCAUUCAGAUGUCUGAAAUAUGCUUCUCGUUUUUUUUCAAUUAUAUAUCCGGAUUCAUUUUAUAUUUUUACAGUUUUAAUUGUAGUAUGCAUACAGUUGCAGUAUCUUGUUAAAUGGAAAAUGUGUUUUCUCUCAACAAAAAAAAAAACGACAAAAGGUUUUAACUUCCUGACACUUGUGCUUAUUUUUUAUCUUUUUUAUUUCUUCCUUUCUAAUGAUAUAAAAAGGUUGCAUGGGGGCUGCUAGAACUUCUUAGUAUAUUAUUUUCUUAGUAUAUUUGUCAAAUAAAUUUCCAAAUGCAGAAUUCUUUUACUCUUAUUUUUUUAUUUAUAAUGUGAUAAAAUGUAUUUGUUUUUUUUUUUUUGUUUUGUUUUGUUUUUUUUUAGUUUGUUUUUGUUUUGAUGCACUUGGCAGCCAUAAGCCAGUGAUCGGUUAUUAUCAAGUCCUUGACUGUGACAGCUUUCCUUGCCAUCAUGAACAAUUAUUGUGCCAAAAUGUACUGAUUGCCUUUUUAUUUCUAUAGACUAUGUGCUUCUCUCCAAGGCAGUGAAGUCAAAGCUUUGAGAGGACUUGAAGCAACUGUACUUAAAAGUUACGGACAGUAUAUACAGACAGGAUGUAUCAUGUCCUAUCAAAAAUUUAGGAAGGAAUGGAUUUGUAGAAAGCAUUUCUGUGUUACUUUAACAAGCUUUUUAAGUUUGAACAGCAGGAUAUACCUUGGGCACUACCAAAAAGAUUGUUUUGCUUUGUUUUUUAAACUCUUUUUCCACCAAUGAUUUGUGGGCAUGCCCACUUGCAAAAUUGUAAUGUAUGCCAUCUGUGAGCAAACGUGAAUGAUUGAACAUUGAGGAAGGCUUCACUGAGUCCACUGAUAUAUCAUUUCAGUGCAUGGGAUACAUUUGUACAAAACAGGCCUAAAACAUUUGCUUUUGCAAAGCAAACUGUGUUUCAUUGAAAUAUUCUUCAUUUUGUGUAAAUGCUUCAUUGUGUUUUUGGCAAUUCAUACUAAAGAAAGAAUGGCUGCAAAAUGUGAUCUUUAUUGACAUAAUGUAUUUUAUUUACUUGAAUUGUCUAGAACAUUGCUAGCCUCUUCAGGAUACACUAUCUUCGUCUGCUACUCCUGUUUUUAAAAAAUAAGAAAUCUAAACAAAAGUACAUUUGUCCAUAUACAGCACAGAAAAAUGCACCGGAUGUGUAGAUUUUCUCAUGAUCUACAAAUGCUUCCAUUAUAUUAUCAGAGCCUUAGACUGUUUCCAUCACCAAAGAACAAGGUUAGUGAAGCAAAGAUCACCUGGUUGAAGCGAAUGUUGGUAGAGGUUAAAAAGUCCUGGCAAAAGUUUUGAAAGGGACUUGUGGUCCUGCCUAGUAAUAACAUAAGCUUUGUAGCUCAAAGCUUACACUCCCACACCAUGUAUACAAGAGACCAAACAUUUGUAGGUUUAGGACUGCUGUUGCUAAAGAUCAUAUCAAUGUAUAACUGAAGGGUAACAGUAACCAAUUUUAAAAUGGAAUCUUAAGAAUCCAAAGAACUUCAACUAACGUAGUUUGUGGAGAUUAGUGGGACGGAAGAAGUCAGACAUUCCCAGCACUCUUCAUGAAUUUUUGUGGGUGUUAAGAACUGGUCCAACUGGUAACCAACCCACCCUACUUUAUUUAAUUUCUGUGGAUUAAAAUCUGCCUUGGUCGGAAUCGGGGUUGUGAAUCUGUAAAUGAAUGUAUCCAGAAUGUUGAGUAUUUUUUUUCUACCUCAUGUUGAACAAGUAUGUAGAGCUAGACAUCACCCUCACUUCCUGCCUAUAAAUAACUUUCUGCAUCUCAAUAGAGCAAGAGGUAGAAAGGGCACGUGCUUUAUGUGGCAAGAGUAACUGGUAAUCAGAGCACCUAAUAGGCACAUUUAAUAAAAAAACAUACAGUAGUGCUGUGGGCAUUUCUUUUUUAACAAACCAUGGGCCUUGUGUGUGCUUGCAUGCAUGCAUGAAGAAUUAAGAGCCGCUUUUAAAUGACUUGCAUGUCUUUGUAAUUCAUUUAUGCCUUUAUUGGUCACUGGAAACUGCUUUGUUUACAGGUACAGAUUUUUUUGUGACCUUAAGAGUCAAAGUGUCAGACCUGUGUAAAGCGAUUUUGGUUUUGAAUGGCACGAGCAGGAAAAAAAUUUGCAUCGGUCGCUGCUGUAUUUAAGAACUUUUACAUGACUGCCAUAAGAUGUGUGCAUGUUGAUGCAUAAACUCGUUGUUCUUGUACUUGCAUUAUAAAAGCUUUAGUCUUUAAUUGAAAGAUGAUCACAUUUUUUACAUCUCCAGAACACUGCAGAGUAUAUUUACCGUUCCAAGGCUGAGGUGCUUGUUGGGUUUGCUGUCUCUGGCCAUAUUUAGUUUUCAUGUAGGUUUUGGCUCUGUGUAAAAACUAAAAUGAAUUUUUUAUAUCUAUAAAAAGUGAAUGAGAAUGUAGAUUAUGAAAACAAUUGAUAAUAGAGCUCUUCUACACCUUACAUAUUAUGGGGACACUACCAAAUUCAUUCUCUUUUUUGAAAUCAUAAGGGCUUAAUGGAGAUCUUGGAACAUGUUACAUCCUUUUUGUGCAACUUAAUAUUUUUUGUCUCGAAAGCAAGAGCCUUAGUUUUAAGUUUUGGUUAAUCAGUGGGAAGCAUUCCUUUAAAAGAAAAGGUGUAUCUGCUCUUAUUUAGUAUUUUGAUAGUGUUUUCAUAGAUUACUUCUCAUUCAGACAACAUGACAGUUGUCUUACACUUUCUGUUUGCCCUGACAUGGCAUUAAGCCACACUCACUAACCUCACGUUUUUCGGGGAGAACAUUUUGCUUUUUUAAAAAAAAGAGCAUUUUUGUUGUUUUUUUUAACCUAGGUUGCAUGUUGUCAGAUACAUGUGAUGGUCAGAGAGAAAUCCAAUUAGGGGGUACAGGUCAAAUGUGCAAAUAUGACUGACAACAAUUGUAAUUAAAUUAGAUAUUCUGGUCUUAUCCUGCCGAAGGGUAUUGGUAGAGCUAAAAGGGCUGUCUGAUCCAUUUAGCAUUCCUGUUUGGUUCUUUUCUUUCAGAGGUUGUGUCAAAGUGUUUGAUUGCAGGAUAAAUCUUUCCAGUUUUGUUGGCUUGGCAGUUCUCACUUUCUGCCUUCAUCAACUUUUACCUACUUGAUAUGUUUCAUCUGCUUUAUUGACUUGCAACUUUCCUAGGAGACAAAAAUUAAGCUAUGCUCCAAACUGGUGUGACAACAGGCUUUCAACCACUCAGCCACGAGAUUCUCAGAUCUACUUGUUUGCGGUUGUUCUCUCAUAUCAAUUGUUUUAUUUUGUUUUGUUUUGUUUUUUUUUUUUUACUUGCAUGAACAGCAGAAAUAAUUAUCCAAAAAAAAAAAGCCAGUCAUCCUUUCUGUACAAAGUUUUAUUCAAACUGUGACUACAUUUUCUUCUUCAGUAAGGAAUAACUCUUUGCAACCAGCAUACAGUGGGAGAGACAGAGGUCAUUCUCAUCCUGGACUUUCUCCCCAGAACCAAACAAGGAUUGCUGCAUUUAACGGUCACAUCCUCCAGUCCGCAACGCUUACCAAAUAGUGAAAAAGAUCUGUCUGUGUCUGAACUGCAACUAUCUCUGUUCUCAGUGUGUAAAAAUACCAGGCUGACGAUACUUUGCUUGGACAUGUAUGAAACGUGACAAGGUGCUUUUUAUUUUUAUUUUGUUGGGGGGCGGGGGAUUACCUUUUGCAAAAUCUCAGAAUACGCUGAUUAGCAACAAGUAAACAUGAUAUCUUAGGUGUUUACAGGGAUUACAGUUGCAGGUUUUAUCUACAGUUAAACUAUAUUUCCUGAGAUCAUUGGUAUGGCAGUUGCAUGCAGACAAAACUUUCUUUUUAAGGGGUGGGGGGAACCUUUAUAUUUUUUGAUAGACAUUGAACACAAGUAUUUUGUGUGCAUGCACAUACAGAAGGGGCAACAACUAAAUGGCUUAAUGUGUAUUGUUCAGGAAAAGCAAGUUACACAAGACUAUUUGUACAGAUAUGAACUCUAAGGUGGAGAGAAGGUGCGUGUGCAUGGAUGAAUGUUUUUACAUUUUUUUUUUUCAAAUUUGUAAGCCUAUUGUGUCUGUCUUGACUUGCAUAAGGAGGGUGGAGAAUGAUGGCAAGUUAUUUUCCAAUUCAAAAUGCAAAGAUAUUAGUCAUGUUUCACAAGUUUCAAAUGAAAUGUCUCCUAACUAAUAUUUAUUCCUAAUUUAUUAGUUCUUGGUAGCUGUACAAUACAGGUUGAUGUUGGAAGUUUGCUUUCAUGUGUUGAAAUAUUACGUAACAAAAGAAAAAAAAGCACUAGCAUUCUUCCCUUGGACAAUUUUUUAUGAAAGCCUUAAUCUGAAAAGCCAACAUCUUUCCACUGAUGAUGAUACAAAUACUACCAAAUUUCUUUCCAAUUAUUCUUGUUUGUAAUGCAUCAGUCACUUGAAAGAUCUCUGCGAUAUAUGUUCAGCAUUCCUUGUUGGGGUGGAAACCCUACAUUUGCGCUAAAGUUAAGAAGGCAACGAUUCUGUAAAACUUUUAUGUUGGAUUUAGUGUAACUUAAGUUUAUUGCGUUAUACAACACACACACACACACUUUCUGUCGGGUAUUGCCCAUAUCACGCAUAAAAACUACCUUCUACAGUAUAUUAUCGUGCAUUGUAUAUUACUUCUUAUUAAAAAAAAAGUAUUCCAA